GUAUUCAUUUGAAUUAACCUUUUAAGUAAAAGUCUCAUAGAUUGCAAAACUUCAUAAACUACUAAUGAAGUCUUAGAGGGUUAGUAUAAAAGAUUGUUUUUUGUAUCUCCUCCCCUAUCCGUCGUCUUUAGGAUUCUCUAUUGUAUCUUUUCUUACCUUUAUAUGACUGUUUUUAUUUAUAAGUUUUUUUUAUCCCAGCCUCGUUCCAACUCUUUGUUUUUGAUCUUAAAUACUGGUUUAAACCUUGAAAAUAGAUGGCCCUGAACCUUAGGGGAAAGAAGCAGUGAUUAAAAAACAUUUAAAAAAAAACAUCUAAAAAAUAGGCUGAUUGGAAAUAUAUUUAUUCAGGUGGAGUUUAGAUUAAAGCACCACUGCAAAUUCUUAUAGAAAACCUGGUGCGGGUUCUAGUUUCUUUUAAUUCUUUCAAGUUUAAAUUUUAGUCCCAAAAGUUAAAAUUGCUUUCUUAAAUAAUUUUUAUCGUCGCAAAUUGGGUAUGACAGACAAAAAAGGUACAUACUUGGUACAUACGUAAACAUUAUGUUAUGUUAAAGUUGUUAACUAGUUCUUAACUUAAAAAUAUGGCUUCACUGAAAACUAAAAGUUAAUAAUAACCAUAAUAAUAAUAAUAAAUAAGCUAAUCAUCAUCUGCAUGGUUUCUUGUAACAAUUUUUUUUUUCUGGUUCCAAAAUUUUUCGGUUGGUCUGGUACUAAGGUGCUAAGAAACGUGCUUUUAUAUUUAAAAAAAUUGUUAAUUAAGUUAUUCUAGUGUUUAUUUUGAUAGAAAAGUGGGUGUGUCUCUGUGGCCGUCACGUGACAGAAAAAAAUAUCCCGUGAAAAUAUUAUGUGAAAUACUUACUUUGAAAACAUAUUUGCACUUCGACUUCAGAUGUUUUUUCUUCAACUUUUUAAGGGGUAAAUAUAUUUUAUAUUUUAAAAUAUAUCUGUGGAAUUUUUUUCAAUGUGAAUUCUUCUUUUUGCAGAUGACCGUUUAUAAGCAAGUGCAGAGACCAGCUCGAAGUUCAUUUUUAACAGUAUUUUUACAGUGCAUUUCGAUAUUUUGAGUUGUUAAAUUUGUUUUUACUGCGCAGAAAAAAAAAACUUGAAGUCAAAAUUUCUAUGUGCAAAAUAAGAUGUUUGGGAAAGGUUUGUUGUUCUUAUGAGGCUUUGAAAAUGCGACGUAUUUUGGAUCACGCACUCUGAUGAUAUUUUUUCACGUGGUUGGUUGUUGGACGUCGUGUUUGCUGAUACUUUUUAUUUAAGAAGUUUAUUAAUACUUGUAACCUUUCUACCGAAAAAAUGAUUCUUUAGGACAUGUUGGAAUUAAAAAUUAACUAUAGGGGACUGUAUGUUUCUCAAAAUAUCUUGUUUUUCUAUUUGAAUUUGGAAUUCCACGAGAUUCUUAUUAAGUAAAAAGGAGGAGCCCAAUUGAAAAGCUUAACAACCCCAAAAUAUAAUUUGAACGUUCGCAUCGUUCGUGAUCUAAGCAUUGAGUUCAAAAUUAUAGCCUUUGUUUUUCUAUUCAAAUUUAUAUGUCAAACGAAUUAUUUAACAAAACAGUCUAGCUCAAACUAUAAGAUGACGAGAAGGAGUAAUAAACAAAGAGCACUGGGACCGAGGCUGCGUCUAGCUUUUGCUCUUAAAUGUACGUAUUCAUAAGCUAAAACAUCUGUCUUCUUGUUUUAUAUUCAUUUUUUUUUCUCGCAAAAUUACACAACCCCAGGUGGCAUUCGUAUUUCUUUAUCAAGAUCUCAAUAUAAUUUCUCUCCUAGGUUUUUGUCAAUCAAUAUAAUAGUAUUUCACAUAAACUUGGUAACGAGGUUGUUUUUUUAUGUUUCAAAGAUUUUGUGUGCGUGCAGUAUGUUAAGGAAAGGUGCAAAUAAGUAGAAGUAUGAUGAAGUAUUGUCUGAGCUUAUCAUUUGUUUAUUGUUUUUAAACUUUAUAAUGUGAUUGUUAUACUGAUUUCAUGUGCUUGCAAAAAAAAUGUAAAACGAGAAAGAGACGAUGUAAUUUUUCUUGUUAGUGCUUAUGUUUUGGUUUUGUUCUAUUUUGAUCGCUAAUACAUCCAGAGAAUGCAUAAUGAUCUUGUAAAAGUAACAAAGUGAGAAAAAUGUUGAUCUAAUAAUGUCACAUUGGCAUGGGAACAAGAAACAGUAAAUCGAAACCCACACAAGAUGUUUUACAGAGUUUAAAAAACACAACUCAUUUUUCUGAAAAAGAGCUUCAAUUAUGGUAUAAAGGAUUUAUAAAAGAUUGUCCUAGUGGAAAGCUGAGUAAAGAUGAGUUUCACCGUAUUUACAAGCAAUUCUUCCCAUAUGGAGACGCUAGCAAAUUUUCCAUGUUUGUUUUUGGUGUUUUUGAUCAAAACCAAGAUGGUUUGAUAGAGUUUGAAGAAUUUAUAACUGCACUUUCUGUUACUUCCAGAGGAACUUUGAAUGAAAAAUUAAAUUGGACUUUUCGUUUGUAUGACCAAGACAAAGAUGGCUACAUAACUAAAGAUGAAAUGUUAAACAUCGUUCGCUCAAUAUACCAAAUGGUGGUUUCGAUGGCAAAUUUUCCUGCUGACGAAAACACACCCGAAAAACGAGUUGAGAAAAUUUUUACUGCGAUGGACAAGAAUCUGGAUGGAGUGUUGUCCUUAGAUGAGUUCGUUGAAGGUUGUAAGAAGGAUCCCUCCGUUGUACAAGCGCUUUCACUGUACGAUGGACUUGUGUGAAAAUGAGGAACUAUUUCGUACAUGCGAGUUUAGUAUAUUUUAAGUCUGGUUUCUAAAGCCUUUGCGUUAGUUAGUUAAGCUUUUUUUUGUAAAUACCAACUCUGUAUAGAAUGUAAUAACAAGCGAGAUAAAUUACUGAGUAUUUCAAGAAAUUCAACCUUACUUGACAUUUUUUAUCUUUCUUUAGAAGACUCUGUGACAUACUGAAAUGUUUCCAUUGUUUUUUGAGAUUAUGAUGUAAUUUAUGUUUGUGUAUCAACAAUCAGGAUGGCCACCCCUCCUAAAAAACCUAAAUGUUAAUUUUUCCUAAAAUAUCCUAAAAUUAUUUGUGCUAAAAUCCUUUUUUUUUUUUAAAUAAAACUUUUUGUUAUUUCAUUUGACAUCAAAUUGAGCAUGUGUUUCCCUUGCAACAGGACUGACGAGUGAUAUUUACUUAAAUACUGCAAGCAAAACAUACUUCCUAAUAUUCAACAAAAAAAAGGUUUCGCUCCAAACCCUUCUAAAUUCUCCUAAGAUUAUUAAUUUUUUUAUUUUGUGGCCACCCUGAUAACACGUCAAUGCAUUCUCCUCACCAGGGCUGUUAAGUUUUUUUAUUUGUAAAAAAACUAACAAGCACUGGGAACGAGGUUGACAUCAGCGUUAUACUCUCUUUAUUUUUAUUUUUUGCAAUAAAACAUUCUAGCUGGAAGAUGUUUUCUAACAAGAAAUCAUCUGUUCUAGAAUUGCUUUUUUUGUUAUAAAUAUUUAGAGAUAAGAUAUAAAAGUAUAAUUUUAUUAUUCAAAGGUUUGGUAGAACUGUUGACAGUGCUACAACGUGUAUUUAUUAUAGGAACUAAGGAAAUAAUAUUCGUUUAUGAA